UUCCCCUCACCCUGCAGCAAAGCCUGGCCUCCUGCACUGCUCCCAGCAGUUCUGCUCCAAAGGGCUUUUACUCAUGGCACAUCAGUGCACUCCACGGCCACUGCCUGUGCCAGGCUCUGUCUUUGCUGGGGAGGGGGUUUGAGGGCAGCUCUCUCCCCCCGGCAGGGAGCCCCGAUGGACAUGAGAGGAGAGCAGCACACAUCCUGACCCCCGCCCCUCACGGCUGCCCCUGCCAGCCCCGGGACUAUGGAGGAGUGGAAGCCCAACCCGCCCGUGAAGCCCCACAAGAAGCGGAGCUGGUACCUCGCCUGGAAGUACAAGCUGAUGAACCAGCGUGCGCUGCGGAAGCUGUGCCAGACAGGUGCUGUCCUCUUCCUGCUUGUGACUGUAAUUGUGAACAUCAAGCUGAUCUUGGACACCAGGAGAGCUGCUUAUGAGGAGGAAGAGGAGUCUGCACAGGACUAUGAUGAUGAGAUGCUGAAUGUGGAGGUCCCCAGGCACCCUGUCAACAACAAGAAGGUCCUGGAUGUCGAGGUGUACUCCAGCAGGUCGAAGGUCUAUGUGGCUGUGGAUGGGACAACGGUCCUGGAAGAUGAGGCUCGGGAGCAGGGAAGAGGGAUCCAUGUCAUUGUCUUAAAUCAGGCCACGGGACAUGUGAUGGCCAAGAGGGUCUUUGACACCUAUUCCCCCCAUGAAGAUGAAGCCAUGGUACUUUUCCUCAACAUGGUUGCCCGGGGCCGGAUCCUAAUCUUCACCAUUAAGGAUGAAGGCUCCUUUCACCUCAAGGAGACAGCCAAGAAUGUCCUGAAAAGCCUGGGGAGCCAAGUUGCACCCUUCCUGAGCUGGAGAGACAUGUGGACAUUUGUGGGCAAGAAGGGGGGAGAAGUGUAUGGGGAGAAGCAUGCCAAGUCACCUGCCCUCUCAACGUGGGGUGACCCCGUUCUGCUGAAGACAGAAGUUCACUUGACAUCUGUGGAAGAUGCUGAGUGCCACUGGCCUGACACGGAGCUGAACCGGCGCCGCAAGCGCUUCUGCAGCAAAGUGGAAGGGUACGGCAGCGUCUGCAGCUGCAAGGACCCCACACCCAUCGAGUUCAACCCUGACCCUCUCAAAGACAAUAAAGUCUUUGAUGUGCCAGUAGCUGUGAUUGCAGGGAACCGCCCCAACUACCUGUACAGGAUGCUGCGUUCCUUGCUGUCAGCUCAGGGUGUCAAUCCACAGAUGAUCACAGUCUUCAUUGAUGGCUACUACGAGGAGCCAAUGGAUGUUGUGGAGCUGUUUGGCCUCUCAGGAAUACAGCACACUCCCAUCAGCAUUAAAAACGCCAGAGUUUCCCAGCACUACAAAGCCAGUCUGACUGCAACCUUCAACCUGUUCCCGGAUGCCAAAUUUGCUGUGGUUCUGGAGGAAGAUCUUGACAUUUCUGUUGACUUCUUCAGCUUUCUGAGCCAGUCAAUACACCUGCUGGAGCAGGAUGAGAGCCUGUACUGCAUCUCUGCUUGGAAUGACCAGGGCUAUGAGCACACAGCUGAGGACCCAUCACUCCUGUACCGUGUGGAAACCAUGCCAGGCCUGGGAUGGGUUCUCCGGAAGAGCCUGUACAAGGAUGAGCUGGAGCCAAAGUGGCCAACCCCAGAGAAGCUCUGGGACUGGGACAUGUGGAUGCGGAUGCCUGAGCAGCGCAAGGGCCGGGAGUGCAUCAUCCCGGACAUCUCGCGCUCCUACCACUUUGGCAUCGUGGGGCUCAACAUGAACGGCUACUUCCAUGAAGCCUAUUUCAAGAAGCACAAGUUCAACACUGUUCCAAAUGUCCAGCUUAAAAAUGUGGAGAGCUUGAGGAAGGAUAACUAUGAGACUGAAAUUCAUCGGCUCCUGGGUGAGGCUGAGGUCUUGGACCACAGCAAGAACCCCUGUGAGGACUCCUUCGUGCCCGACACCGAGGGCAAGGUCUACGUCAUGUUCAUCAGGAUGGAGCAGGAAGCAGAUUUCACCACCUGGACUCAACUUGCCAAGUGCCUCCACAUCUGGGACCUGGACGUCCGUGGGAACCACAAGGGGCUGUGGCGGCUGUUCCGCAAGAAGAACCAUUUCCUUGUGGUGGGGGUCCCUGCCUCCCCCUACUCGUCCAAGAAGCCCUCGUCAGUGACACCCAUCUACAUGGAGCCCCCUGCCAAGGAGGAGGGGGCGGUGGCAGCGCCAGCAGCAGCAGCAGUGGCAGCAGAGCAGACGUGAGGCUGGCAGCUGGAAGCAAAGGGGACCAGGGGAGCACAGAGACCCCCACGGUGCAGAGACACAGCUGGCAGCAGCUCUCACAGCCUGGUGACUGGAUACAGCCUCCUGUUUUGGGCUGCAAAAGCAGAUGUUGGGCUCCCUCCAGCCCCCCGUUGUGGUCUCCCUUUCCCUUGCACAGGGUCCUUCC